UGGCAAAUGUAAUUCUUGAGAACAGUGCGGACUGUGAAGGUUGGAAGAGAGAUUACGAUAAAGAUAAAUACAUUGGCUUCAGUUUCCAGCACAAGAGAAACAAACAUGCCUGUAACCAAAGAACAAGUUAACCAGCUCAUUGCAUCAGACAAAGUGGUGAUAUUCUCUAAGACAAGAUGUCCAUACUGUAAAAUGGCCAAGCAGGUGUUUGAUGACUUGCACGAAAAAUACACUGCCAUUGAGUUGGAUGAGAGGGAGGAUGGCGAUGAAAUCCAAGAUAUACUAGGAGAAAUCACCUCUGCGAGAACAGUACCUAGAGUAUUUUUAAAAGGAAUAUGUUUGGGAGGUGGCACAGAUGUCAAGAAACUGUAUGAUAAUGGAGAACUUCAACAGAGAUUAUAAUGCAUGUGAUACUUAAAUUUGCAAUAUCACGAUUAUUUAUACAUUGAUCCCCUUUAUGUAAUGUAAUAAAAAUUGUUACUUA